CCUCUUGUAGACUGCAUCCGCCAGCGCACAGAUACAGUAACAGACUGGACAUUGUUUACCUCAGUGCGUUUUUAGUUGUUUUAUUACGCACCUUUUUAGUUUUUCACGUGAUGUUGGAGGUUGUAGGCUAUCCAUAAAGAGUCUUCCCUGCAGUGCUGGUAGACUUUGUGCUUUGCCGAUAUAUAAGUUAAACGAGCGGGAUAGUGUCCGCCAUACAAUCCUGCAGCUGCGCGCUUUUUCAUAUGUGAGUGUCUUCAGGAUUCAAGUAUACUACGUUACAGCAGCAACUUGGGGAACUAGACAUAAAGCCAUGAGUAGCAGAAAAGAUGAUGAUAACCUCCUGAGAAUGACAAAGGAUGACCUGCAGCGCUGGAUCCAGGCAGAGGUGGACCGAAACCCUCAUCUGAUGCAGAGACGCGAACAGCUUGCGCGGGUGGAGGACUGGGUGAAGCAGAAGGAGAGGGAAGCCACUUACACCCGCCUUCUGUACAGCAAUGCCUGCGAGUCAGUCCUUGAGUGCGAGUCAGUGAUGAAGGGUCUUUAUGGAAUGCUGGGACAGGAAUACCGAGAUGAAGAUUCGGAGGAGGAAGGAGAAGGUGGAGGAGAACCACAGGACAUCAUUCAUAUUACAGAUGACGAGGAGGAUAAGCAGGAAAAUAGUGUGUUAAAUGGAGAUGAUGAUGAUAUCGUUGUCAUUGAUCUGGGAGCCACCAAAGAAACCUUGGAACCAAUGCUUGAAAAGGUGACUGUGGCCAUUCAGAAGUCAUCCAGACUCGUUCAGGAUUUAGUCCAGAUGGUAAACAAAACUUCCUCCAUGAAUGCUGCAUCACCAUCAUCAUCUUCUGACGUCUCUAACAGACCCUCGUCAGCCUCGACCCCUGAAACCAGGCGUUCUGAAUCUGUCACACCAAAGCUGGAAAUACCUGAAAACCCUAUUGCAAUAGUUAAGACCGAAUCUCUACCGAAAGAAUGUGAAAUGUCCUCGCUUCUCAGCAGUUCAGAACAAGACAAACCUAUUGCCGGUUAUAAGUCAGAUUCUAAACCAACAAUUAAGACUGAGCCACAACUGACAGCAAUAACCCCUUGGGAAAUGAGCGUUUCUAAACAACAUGAAACUUCUGCUACUCUUAACUCUCCAUUCUUAAAAUUAAUUAAGGCUGAACCUCAGCUGACAGCAGUGAGUCCUUCAGAAACACCAGAAACCUUUUCCAGUCCUCGUUUAGGAUCCAUAGCAGAAAUAAAGACUGAGUCUCAGUUGACGGUAAUAAAGUCGGAAAUGGCUUCGCCUCCAAGCACUUCAAAACCUUUCACAUUUGCAUCCAUUCCAUCAAUUAAGACUGAACCUCAGCUGAGAGCAUUAACCUCUGAAAUGUCUUUGCUUGAAAGGGAUUCAGAAAAGUCAAGCAGCCUUUGUUCAGAUCACAAAGCAACAAGUAACACUAAACUUACGUUGCUGGCAAUGACUUCUCCUGAAAUCCUGAAAACUAGUGCCUGUCCUAAUUCAGCAUCUGUAGCAUCAAAGGAGACUGAUCCUUCAGAAAUGUCUUCACCUUCAAGCAGUUUAGAACAAAUGGAAAUUGCUGCCAGUGAACAAACAGCAAACAUAGAAACAAACCAUGAUGAGCCGGAGUCGACUACAGAGACUCCUCCUGAAUAUGCAUCAUUGCUGAACAAUCCUGAAGAACCUGAACCUCAUGCCAGCCAUGAUUCGGAUUCCACAGAUGAGACCGAACAGCCAAAAACAAGAAGCAAAUCAAGUCCAACGACUAGGCUGAGAUCUUCAAAAAUAUCUACGCCUGUCAGCAGCACUUUCAGCCCGCAAACGGAAACAACGAGAGCGCAAUCGCCUGCAGAUAGUAAUGAUGAUCCCUCUGACACAGAGUACUUCUCUGCUAGUCCUGCUGACAGCGAUUAUGAACCCCCUGAGUCGGAGUCAUCGUCAGACAGUGAUUAUGAACCCCGUAAAUCACAUUCAAAAUCAUCGAGAGACCGUGAUUUUGAACCCCCUAAAUCAAAAUCAGAGUCAUCGAGAGACCGUGAUUUUGAACCCCCUAAAUCGGAAUCAGAGUCCUCGAGAGACAGUGAUUUUGAACCCCCUGCAUCACAAUCAGAGUCAUUUGUCGAUAAUACUGAUGAUGAGAGCAGCAGUGAUGCUUCUGCAGAACCCUCCAGUCCUGCCGGAAGUUCCAAGUCAUCCAGUGAGUCCUCCAAGCAGCAAGGACAAAAAGAGAUAAAACUUAAAGUUGGCAAUGCGGUUUUGGGGAAAAGGGCACAUAACUUGUGGAGUAAAGGAACAGUACAAGACGUCCAAACAGAAGAGGGUGGCCGCAGAUAUAAGGUGGAGUUUAAAAGUGGUAAAGAGAUGGUGCUGCCUGCUUAUCAUGUGGCCUCUCUUCAGCCUCCCAUACUUAAGGAUUUGUUUAUUGGCUGUCGUGUUGUGGCAAGCAGCAAAGAUGAUGAAGGAAAGGCCUCGUUUAAUGCAGGAGUAUUGGUUGAGCUUCCUGAGCGCAAGAAUCGCAUGAGGUUCUUGGUGUUUUUUGAUGAUGGUCAUGCAGCUUACCUGGCACUUCCAGAACUUCAUCUUGUCUGCAAACAAUUGAAAAAGGUGUGGAAGGACAUUGAGGAUGAGAAAUUUCAGUUACAGGUGAAGGAAUAUCUUCGUGUCUAUCCCAACCCCAUUGCUGUAGUGCUUCGCGUGGGGCAAGACACUAGGGCGAUACGGGAUGGCGAGUUUGAGUCCUGCACUGUGCUCCAAUUGGAUGGCAGCCUGAUCCAGAUCUGCUUUAAGAAAGACAAGCAGAAAGAGUGGAUAUAUAAAGGCUCAGACAAGUUGGAACACAUUGUAAAUAUCAAACAACGUCUGGCUAAAGAUAAACCGCAGCAAAAACCUCCACAGAAAACACAACAUAAGCCACAACAACCGUCUCAACAGAAAACACAGCAACAACAACCUCAACAGAAACCACAACAGCCAACUCAACAGAAAACACAGCAACAACAACCUCAACAGAAACCUCAACAGAAACCGCAACAGCCUGCUAUAAGAGCAGGAAAUGCCACGCCUCAGCUCAACACAGCUCCCUCUUCGACAGCAGUUCCCUCAGCGACUGUUACUUCUGCAACUGUCACCUCAAAAGCCGUAUCUCCUGUGCAGGUCACAGUCACCAGAACUUCAUCUAUUAGCCCUCAAAAGAUUAUGUCGGCUGCUUUCCAGCCAAAGGUCAUCCUUGAGAGGUUGACAAUGCUUUCACCUGUCUUACGAACUUUCUCAAAUUUAAGAAGUGCAAAACGACCUGCCCCUGAUGAGGAAGAAGAGUGUUUUUCAAUGCAACACCAGAACAAGUCCAUUUACUUGCAUCAUCGCUGUUGUCCAGCAUGUCUGGAUGGGGUGAGACCGUCUCAAGGCGACAUGCAUCGUGGUCAAAAUCCACUUCUUAUACCACUGCUUUUUAAGUUUCGGCGAAUGACGGCUAGAAGGCGCAUCGAUGGAAAGGUGUUUUUCCACAUUUUCUAUCGUUCUCCGUGUGGGCGGAGCCUGUGCGACAUGCAGGAAGUGCAGGAAUACUUGUUAGAAACACGUUGUGACUUCCUUUUCCUGGAAAUGUUCUGUAUGGACCCGUUUGUUCUUGUGAAUCGCGCCCGACCUCCUUCCACAUCAACCGGCAAGCCUCACCUCUACCUGCCGGACAUAUCAGAGGGCAGAGAGGUGUUGCGGCCCUGCAUUAAUGAAGUGGACAAUACGCUUGCUCCUAACAUCAGUUACACCAAAGACAGGGUUCCAGCUCCGGGUUUUUCAAUCAAUACAAGCCCAGAUUUCUUGAUCGGCUGUGACUGCACAGAUGGCUGUCAGGACAGGUCAAAGUGUGCAUGCCACCAGCUGACCAUUGAGGCUACGUCCCUAUGCAGUGGAGGUCCAGUGGAUGUUAGUGCUGGAUACACACAUAAGAGAUUGCCAACCACCUUGCCAACAGGGGUGUAUGAGUGUAACCCUCUGUGCCGUUGUGAUCCGAGAAUGUGCAGCAACAGGCUGGUUCAGCACGGUCUGCAGCUGCGGCUGGAGCUCUUCAUGACACAGCACAAGGGAUGGGGCAUCCGCUGCAGAGAUGAUGUGGCCAAGGGUACUUUCGUAUGUGUUUUCACUGGUAAAAUAGUAAACGAAGACCGAGUGAAUGAAGACGACACCGUGUCUGGCAAUGAAUAUUUGGCCAACCUUGACUUCAUUGAGGGUGUGGAGAAACUGAAAGAGGGUUAUGAAAGCGAGGCGUACUGCUCGGACACAGAGGUGGAAACCAACAAGGAGACCAUAACAAUGAAAACAGGGCCAUUAUGGAAAAACACUCUCUACCGAGAAGACUCCAGCAGUGGUGAAGAAAGAGAAGAACUUAUGGAACUGGACACGGAAACGAGAGGAGACAGAAGGGGUAAGAUGCACCGUUAUAUGAGGAGAAAACUAUCCCAUAAGCCACAUGAAACAUAUAAAGAUGCUCAGAAGAAAGUGAUCAAACAAAUGAGAGGGGACGGUGAAGAAACCUCAGGUCCAAAGCGUUGCUUUGCCAUAAAGUCAUUCCAGAGGAGAGUAAAACCUCCAGAAACCUUGGACGCAAAGAAUGAGAAAACAAGGACAGCUGUAACAGGCAGAAACACCCGCAGACUGUUCAACGGCGAGGAGACUUGUUACAUCAUAGACGCGAGACAAGAGGGCAACCUCGGCCGCUUCAAUAACCAUAGCUGCAGUCCCGAAUUUAUUUUUGUUCAGAACGUCUUUGUGGACACACACGACCUUCGGUUUCCAUGGGUGGCAUUCUUCGCCAGCAAGUCCGCGGCAUCAAGGGCGGGGACGGAGCUGCCGUGGGAUUAUAACUAUGAGGUUGGCAGUGUGGAGGGGAAAGUUCUGCUCUGCUGCUGUGGCUCUCUGCGGUGCACAGGGAGGCUCUCUGAUAUGCCCCCACUCCAGCGGUACCCGUCCCCGGAGGGGCCCCGCAAAUACCAAGAUGUUAUCGUGGCGGGACAGAGACAGGGGGGGAAAAACCCCGACAUCGCCCCUCACCGGCGUUUUUCCCCAGCAGUGAAAAAUGAGAUUGUCAGCACUUUGGGCGAGGGGCACCUUCGGUGCGGGGGUGACUGCAAUUAUUGA